CACAGCGCAAUGAGGACGUCUCAGGGACAGGCGAUCGAGAUUUUGCGGGCCGACCUCUCCGAGCUCCGAAACAAUCACAACGCCCUGUUGUCGAGCAUCGCGGCGCUCAGCAGCGGCCAGCGGGUUAUCCAGGAGCGGCUGACUGUGCUGGGCGCUACCACACAGCGCUGUCCAAACGGCUGGAGUCACAGAGGCGACAGAUGCUACCUGAUCCCUCCCGAGACAACCACCUGGUACCGGGCCCACCGCGCCUGCUCUCUCAUGGACCCCUCGGCCCGGCUGGUGUCCGUGCACGAGCGGAACAAGCAACACGUGACCGCGGUGGUGGCCGCCAGUGACUGUGGCUAUAUUUGGAUAGGUCUGAGUCGAACGGCCGAAAAUGGCUGGGGCUGGAGCGACGGCACGGAACUGGACCACACGAACUGGAGCCCCUCGGAACCCAACAACAGUGGCGGUGCCGAGAACUGUGUGGAGAUCUACGGGCGAAGCACCCACACCUUGAAAUGGAAUGAUAGAUCCUGUGACGCGAAAAUCUGCUUCAUGUGCCAGAUCAACUUGUCAAAUUAGCAUCCUGUGUCCUGAGCAGUGUAAGGGGAUGGUUUGUGUGGUUUACUGUCGUUCAUUAUUACAUGGCCUGAACG